AUGGAGGAAAUGCUGCAAGCUCUCCACCAUGACUGUCGUGCUGGUUUUUUUUUUGCCACAUUCUGUGAACAGUCAGGAAACAAGCUGUGGGAGUGUGGCGUCAGCUUUUGGUUUGAUCUACAGUCCUAUCAUCACUUAUUUUACCAAGAGACUCUUCAACCUUUUAAACUAUGCAGGCAAUCCCAAUAUAUUUUUGGCACUUACCUGGCUCCUUCUGCUUCUAUGGACAUUGGCGUUGAACAGAACAUAAGGAAAGAGAUUUACCAGAAACUAGAUCCUCCUUUUGAGGAUUUAUUUGAUUCAGCUGAAGAAUACAUCCUCACGCUCCUUCUCUCUGCCUGGACACAAAUGACAGAAUCAGACAGACAAGCCUAUGGCAAGGUAGAGUUGGUUGAAGAAUCUCGACAGCUGGAGUCAGCUAACUAUAGAAAGCUACAAGCUCUGCAACUGGAGAAGGCAUCCGGAAAGAUGAGGAUCAAGCCAAGAAGUCAGUUUUUGUGCCACCUCCAGACAUCCCUAAAGAACACAACCUGUGGGAACUGGUACCUGAGGAGUACAGGAAUUACAACCUGGGCACCCUGGUGCGGCAUCGGAUGGAACUGGAGCACUUUCGUUCCUUCUUAGAGGAACAUUUUGCAAGCAUGGAUCUAAUGUGCUGGAUUGAUCUUGAGCAGCUCAGAAGAAUGCCUCACAAGGAUAAAGAAAAAAGACAAGAAAAAUCAAAGGAUAUAAAAAAUAAAUAUCUUAAUAAAAAAAUAUUUCUUUGGGCCAAACAGUCCAGCUACAAGAGACCAACAAGAGCAGGUGAUGAAUCUGGCAGGGGGC